GCUGCUCUUCGAGGGUGCCCCUGACACCUGGCAGAGUUGGCUUGGUAGUUGUCAGGAACGAGACCGAUGUGAUUUUUCUAGCGAUUGACCUGCAUCCCGCUGGCUCCUACCAAUUGAUUCAUCAUCAAAUCUACGACAGCAGCGCAUUGCUCGUUUUUCAUCAUAUCGACCUCCCAUCUCUUUUCCUCUCGUAACGAUAAUUCUUACGCUUCAUCACUGAACAAUCCACAGCCAUUCAUUGCUGCAUCUUUCAAAGUGCUAGAUUUCCAUCAUUCAACGGCGCAACAUGGCUCGCGGAGACUCAACACCGCCCGACUCACCCCUCACCUCGGACAACAACAACACCUCCGAGGAGGAGGAGGUCCACGAUUACGAGGAUGAAUCGCUCCUUCGUCCCUCGAAGCGCCAGAAGCUAGGCGCAGCCUCAACAACGUCUCCCGCGGUGGUCGCGGAACCCGAACCAGAAGCUGUGCCUGAGCCGGACCCUUUGGAGGGCAUGUCGGACGUGUCUUCGGACACGUCUGGCGACAUUCCCAGCUCUCCCAUUAACGCCAAACUCGACGAGGAAGACUUCCAAGAACAGGUGACUUCCUGUGCCUGGGAAGGCUGCGAUGCGGGCGAUUUUGGCAACAUGGAUAAGUUGGUGGAGCAUAUUCACAGCGAUCACAUCGAAAGCCGGCAGAAGAAAUACACGUGCGAAUGGACUGGAUGCAGUAGAAAGAGCAUGGGGCACGCCAGCGGUUACGCCUUGAAAGCCCACAUGCGAAGCCAUACCAGGGAGAAACCUUUCUACUGUUAUCUACCAGAAUGCGAUAGAUCAUUUACGAGAUCAGAUGCUCUCGCUAAGCACAUGCGAACCGUCCACGAGACAGAGGCCUUGCGUCCCUCCGAUCCUGUCCCCAAGUCCAUGCAAGCGGGUCCUACAGGAAAGGGGAAACUCAAGAUUAUCAUCAAGACCCCUCAGUCACACGCUGCGGGACACGAUGAUGCCAUCGAUGACGGAGCUGACGACGACGAGCUCUCUGCCGACCUGUUUACUCCCUUGACUGAAGAUCAAGGCUUCACUCGGGAGGAGCUCAAGAUACCGCUUGAGAGGCUGUACAAACUCUGCAGAUUCCAAGUCAAGUGGGCGCAAGAGGAGUCGGUCAAGCUGGCGGAAGAGGUCAAGUACUGGGAGAAGCAGUAUAAGGACCUUUGGCGAGAGAAGGAGGUUCUCUUCUCCCAGGUUGUCAAGAGUGAGGUCGACUGGCACGAACGUAGGCAGGCAGUCCUUUCUGGCGCAGCAGAUGUCCAGCUUUCGGGCGUGCUGGAGAGCCAAGAAGGUAACCAAACAGCCGCCAACGGAGAAGGCGCAGACUCCCAGGAAACCUCCAAGGCCGAAGAGACUCUCGUAAAUGGAGCUAAAUCCACCGAAGUAGCGGCAGCUAGUUAGGGUCAGCGUUUGGUAUCCUGGAACCCAGGCGUCCAGUUUUAGUUGGACGAAUUGACCUAGGCCGGCGACCUUGUCAAAAUCGAGGAGUCUCCUAGGGAACGGGCGACUCCCCGGUUCCAUGCAUCUAUUGCGGCUGAUUGAUGCCGUUUUAUUACCUUAUCACAACGCACCGAAAGGACUGUACAGGUGUGCGUGGGUUUGAAGCCGUUGAGACAGCCGAGGCAU